CCAUCUUCUGACCAUGGCAAGCCAGUGUGCCUUCCAGUUCGGGAUCGAGAUCGAGUUGCUCAUUGGCAGCCGUUCCAAGAACCAUAAGUCGUGGAUGUCUCUGGCCGCAGAGGUGAGCACCAAGCUCGCCAAGGCCGGUAUCCCGAACCAUGUCAACGAGAGCAACGACAAGUCACUCGAGAACUACCAAGAGUGGUCCAUUGUGCAGGAGGUCACUGUGCCCACCCAAGCGGGGAAGAACCUCUGGGGCCUAGAGCUCGUCUCUCCUAUCCUCGCCACGGACACGGCUUGGGUCACGCACCUCUCGGUCGUCUUCAAAACUCUAAAGUCGUCAUUCACCCUGUCUGCGUCGGCCAACACCAGCACGCACAUCCACCUCAGCACCUCCCCGACUCUAUCCGCCACCCAGCUUUCCGCAAUCGCCAAAUCCAUCCUUUACUUCGAGCCUGCUCUCGAUGCCCUCCUGCCCGCCUCCCGCGCCUCUUCCUACUGGUGCCAGAGUAACCGCGCCAACCCAGUCCUCAAGUCCCUCUCCAUGGCACAGUGCUUCGAGUACCUAGACUACUGCUCCGACCCCAUCGACGUCGUCCGCACCAUGUGUCUGUAUCCGGCCUCCUCGGCCUACGGCCGCGCCAACGGGUACACCGAGGACUUCAUCCAUGGUGUUUACAAGUGGGACUUCUCCAACCUUGCGUACGAGGGCAGCACGGGAACGCUCGAGUUCCGCCAGUGUCCCGGCAGUCGCAGUGCGGAUGAAGUUCGCACUUGGGUCGAGCUUGCUGUUGCGUUUGCGGCUGGGGCUAUCGACGGCGCGGAGAUGAUUGAUCCGAAUGGGACGGUCGUCAUGGAGGAUCUGUGGUGGAUUGUCAGUGGCGGGUGUCAGAGCUCGGGGAUUGGUGAGCGUAGGGGCAUUGAGGCUCUGUUUGCUGGACGCGGGGGUAGUGGGAAGAAGGGGGCCAGAAAGUAGGGGUUCUUCUGUAGUUCUUUUGUAGUCAAACAAUGAAUCUUGGACUUUCGGUAAAUUGUGAGGA